UUCAAGCACCACUGUACUUUCCUUUGUCAUGACAAAGAUCUUCAACAAGACUCAACUUGCAAUGCAGGCUUCAAAAUACAGGUGCAUGUUUAUUUCUCCUUUCUUUAAUUUUACCACGUAGACACAUGUUUAUAUACACAAACGUACUUGUGGGGUGUCACCACUUUCUUGGCUACUGGCCAAGGUUCUUUGAGUGGGUGUGGCUAAUUAUUAAAAUAUAGCCUUGCCACCAGUUAAAUAUUUGUCAAAGAAGAAGUAAAGCAAAGGAUUCCAGACACAAUGAAAUUACAAUAUAAUAGCAGAACCCUGAGAGACUGAACCUGCAAGCAAAGAAAUAUGCAAAGAAACUGGAGCAUGAUGUACUUGUGGAGAUUUGUGCUGCUGCUAUGCAUUUCUCUAGCGGUAUACUACAUGUCCAUCAACCCCAUUCAGAAUUUCUUCCCUACAUUCUGCCAAAACGCCAACCAAUGUGAGAAAUGCCCUGAGAAUGCUCACAGCUUGAAAUCCUCUGACAACAACUUUGUAUCCACAAAGCAUACCACUGCCCCUGCUUGGAAGCAAAUCCAUCUUUUUUCACAAGCCCGCAGUGGCUCCUCCUUUGCUGGUCAGCUGUUUAACCAAAACCCAGAUAUCUUUUAUAUGUUUGAGCCACUUUACCAUGCCCAACAGACCUUCUGCAACUACACCGAUUGUUUCUCGAACGCCUUGUACAAAGUUCUGCAGUUGAUCAACAGGGAGAUCCUCUUCAACAUAUAUACCUGCAACCUUAAUAUCCUGGAGAACUACAUUCAGCCAGAGCCUCACAAUCACCUGACAGAUUCUUUCUUCCGUCGGAGCUCCAGCCAUGCUCUCUGCUCACCACCCGUAUGCCAAUUGGGUAAUAAGGAGAUUAUGGAAGAGCAGCCAGAUGAGAACUGGUGUAAGGAAAAGUGUCCAAUCCUAAACCUCACCUUAGCCUCCAUGGCUUGCCAGUCCAGAAGCCAUGUGUCCAUCAAGACAGUACGGAUCCCUCACAUCAAUGAUCUUCGCCUCCUAACACAAGACCCACAAUUAGACCUGAGGAUUAUUCACCUGGUGAGAGACCCAAGAGCAAUCUUGGCAUCACGCAUAAGUGCAUUCACUGAGCAGUUCAGUGCCUGGCAGAUCUGGAAUGCCACAGACAAGCAACCACAUAAUAUGGACUUGACACAGAUCAAGAGAACAUGCCAAGACAUGGAGACCUCUGUGGAUAUUGGUCUGAAGAAGCCAGCUUGGCUGCAGGGACGGUAUCUACUAGUGCGCUAUGAGGAUCUUGCAUUUAAUCCUGAAGCUAAAGCAAAGGAGAUCUACAAAUUCUUGGAUUUGGAUAUAGACAAUAAAGUUCUUACAUGGUUAUCUCGAAACACCAAUGACACUUCCUCCACUGAGUCAGUGUACUCCACCAGCAGAAACUCCAAAACCACAUCAGAGAGCUGGAGACUGCAUCUGGGAUUUGACAUUGUUAAGACAGUGCAAACACUAUGUAAUACUACUUUGGAUUUAUUGGGCUACAAAACAGUACAGUCUGAGGCUGAGCUGAGGAACAUAGAACUUAGUUUAGUGUUACCAAGGACUUUUAAAUAGUUAGUGAAGAAAAAUGAGAAGAUAAAAGUCAGGUUUCCAACAAUCAUGUUGAAAGUGUAUCAUGAUUCAGCCUUUAUAAUCAGUUUUUAAAAGUGAUUUAAAUACGUUGGUGAAGGAUUUCCUGUUACAUAUAGGGACUCAGUAAGGAAUGUACAAAUCACCCAUUAAAUGUUCCAGCUUUUUCUGUAA